CGCCCGGGUGACGUGGCGCCCAUUCAUCGCUUCCUCGUCCGCCCGCCACGUUGGCGUCCGCCCGCUGCUCAACCACCCCCGAGCGUCUGCAGCGGAGACCGUGGGAUCCCUGACGCCGCUGUCACCGAGGAGACCUGGAGCUGUGGCAUACCGUUUCUUAUGACUUCACUCUCACAAUAGAGAAGCCCUUUCUAAAAACAUAACAGAAAAUGAACAAGUUCAAGGGACCCGUGACACUAAGGGAUGUUACUGUGGAAUUCACCAAGGCAGAAUGGGAGUUACUGACCCCUGCCCAGAAGGCCCUUUACAAGAAUGUAAUGCUGGAGAAUUAUCGUCACCUGCUUGCUGUGGGUUACCGUGUGGUUAAUCGGAGUGUGAUCUCCAAGUUGAAGAAAGGAAAAGAGCCGUGGGUAUCAGAAAAAGAACUGCCAAAUCGGAGACGUGCUGACAAACAACGGAAUGCUUCUGACCCCAAAACCAAACACCAGGAACGUCAGGCUGGAAAUGCAAGGAAAGGAGAACUCAGCAAACGUCGGAAAACUCCCACCCAGCAUGAAAGCUAUGACUGUAGUGAAUGUGGAAAGUCCUUCUGCCAGAAGUCUUCCCUCACCGUGCACCAGGAAACACAUACCAAGAAGUCCCAUAGGUGUGAAAAAUGUGGUCAGUCUUUCUAUACAAACGAAGAGCUUACAAUACAUCAGAAAGUUCACACCAGAGAAAAAACCUACCCAUGUAAAGAAUGUAACAAAAUUUUCUACCACCUGUCAUCCCUCACUAGGCAUCUGAGAAUCCAUGCAGGGGAGAAACCCUACGCAUGUAGCCAGUGUGACAAAUCAUUCUACCAGAAGCCACACCUCACAGAACAUCAGAAAACACACACAGGGGAGAAGCCUUUCGAGUGUAAGGAGUGUGGGAAGUUCUUCUAUGUGAAGGCAUACCUCCUGGUGCACCAAAAGACACACACAGGGGAGAAACCUUUUCAGUGUAAGGAAUGUGGCAAAUUCUUUUCCCAAAAGUCACACCUCACAGUCCAUCAGAGAACACACACAGGGGAGAAACCCUAUAAAUGUAAGGAAUGCGGGAAACUCUUCUCUAGGAAUUCACACCUUAAAACCCACCAGAGAACCCACACAGGAGAGAAACCUUAUAAAUGUAAGGAAUGUGGAAACUGCUUCUACCAGAAGUCAGCCCUCACUGUGCACCAGCGAACCCACACUGGGGAGAAACCUUUCAAAUGUAGUAAGUGUGGGAAAACCUUUUACUAUAAAUCAGACCUCACCAAACACGAGAGAAAGCAUACCGGGGAGAAGCCCUAUGAAUGUACAGAGUGUGGCAAGUCUUUCUCUGUGAACUCAGUCCUCAGAUUACAUGAAAGGACUCACACGGGAGAGAAGCCCUAUGAGUGUGACAUAUGUGGGAAAUCCUUUUCCCAGAAGUCACAUUUUGUCAUACACCAGAGAAAACAUACUGGGGAGAAGCCCUAUGAGUGCCAGGAGUGUGGGCAAAAUUUUGUCCAGAAGUCACAACUCAAUGCGCACCAGAAGACACAUGCCAAGAAGGGGAAAGCUAACAAAUAGUGUGAAUUCAGAAUCUCCCCCAUAAUUCAUCCUUCUCGUAUAAUCCACACAGAAGGAGAAUCUUCUAAGUAUCGAGAAAAACAUUGUUGGCCAUGUUUUUCCCUUACAGAAUUAUCAGCACAUGUACAGAAGGAAAUUCUGGGAUGUUAUUAGGAAGAACUUUACAGUAUGGCCAACUUUUAUAAAUAUCAGGUGGCAUAAACUGUGAAAAUUGUAAAACAUGAAAGAUGACAUGGGGCAGAAAUCCAGUAAGUGAAUUUCCAGAAGUUUCUGUCAUAGCAUCUAGUACCACCAUCCAAAGUCCACAGUGAGGACCUCCCAUGGGUAUCCGAGCACUCAAAAGCCUCUUCACACAGUUGCACUUGUGUUAAAAAGAUUGAGGGGAAUUAGUGUACAGAUUGCAACAGAUAUUACUAAGCCUUAUUAAGAACACAUCCAUCACUGAAUGUUAAUUAUAUUAAUACUUUAAUCGUACCUAUGUAGGCAUUUUCAAUAUUUGAAAUAUUUUUAAGAAAAAUUAAAGGAAUUUAUCUUGAAGGCGGCAGCCACACUGUAAGUCAUGUUGCUAGUUCCAAGAUUGAUUUUUUCCUUCCUAAAGAAGCAAGCAACAAAACCAAAAACCAACAGAUAUCACAUAUAUCAAGCUAUUUAAAGAGCAAAAAUAAUGAGGAAACACCGUUAAACAAAGAUGUGUUUUUGAUAUGUUAGGGUGUAGGUGUGUAUCUACAAAACAAAUUUAUAGGUGUGCGAUGUGCUUGUGGAAGCCAUCUGUCAUUCAGUAGCUGUCAUGUGUGAGAACACCUGCACACAUCACAUCAACAGUGAUUUCCACUGAUAGUGUUGUUACUGUAACACGUGUUGGUGUAUACUUUAAAAAUAUCGUGUAUCUUUUCAUCUACUCCCUGGCGCUUACAAAUGGGUUCAGACAUUGCUACUAAAGGACCCCUCAGAAGAAACAUAAAUGUUUUUGUAAUUUUAUCAGCUAUAUCAUGAUCAGCGGAACUUUGGGUUGGAGAUGGAUUUGUAGCAGUCUCAGCUGCUUCUAAGGCAGCCGUAUUUACUUCUCUUACUGUAGAUGUUGUGUAGCAGUAGUAUGUGUCUUUGUAUUUUGUAUGAAAAAUACCUCAUGGUUUUCCCUUCCUUUUCUGGGUAGCGGGAGGCAACAUGGCCAAUGGCUAAAAGUGAGAUUCUAGGCUCUUAAUGUCUUGACCCAGACACCAGCAUGGGCAUGCCAUGAAACUUCACUGUGCCUCCGUUUCCCUUCCUGUGAGAGCAAUGAUAGGGGCAUCCUAAAAUUGCCUUGAGGUUGACAUAGAUUGAUAUUUUAAAACACUUAGAACAGCGUCUGUAAUACAUAAAAACUUGACAUUAGAUAUGAUUCUCAUUAAUUUGUAUUUCCUGACUCAUACAGUGAAAAGGUUGGCAACCCACUACAUAUCUCCCACCUUAUUGCUGUUAGUGCCUUGAUUUGAUUUGGUUGUGUAUCUACCCACAGUGGCUCAGGAGCAGAUCCUGAGUAGGCAAGGCCAGGGAUUAGUGAACCACCGUCCUUCUGCCAGAUAGAUCCACAGCCCAUUUUUGUAGCCUCUAAGCUGAGAUUAGUUUUAUAUGACUCAGUUAUUGCAAGAAUUAAAUAUUUUGUGACACACGAAGGUUGUAGGAAACAAAAUUCCAGUGUCUUUAAAUGAAGCACUUUGAGAACACGAAUACAAACCCAUUUGCUUACACUCUGCCUGUGGCUGCCCUCACACUGCGCCGGCAAAGCUGAUAGAGGCAAACCACAUGGCUAAAAGAGCCUAAGAUAUUGACGACUCAGCACUUUAUCACAUAGGUUUCUGUUACUCAGAGCUGCCCACACCGCAGCCGGUCCUGAGCCCACUCCUAUAAAUGUUCCGUUUAUGAAACAUGAUGCAGCAGUAUGUGGAUGAGUGAUUUCUGUGUAGUAUAUUUAUUUUGUUCAUUGUAUUUAUAUGUGGGAAAAGCCUAGGCUUCGAAGUAUUUUUCCCAAAGGAAUGUGUUUUUUUUCUUUUUGUAUUUACUGAAUUGUUACAUUAAAAUAAAUUUCCCGGUGGAAUGUAACAAAUAUAUGAAAUAAACUUUGCCUCAAUUAAAUUGCA